AUGUUGCCUGUAAGGAACGCUAUGUCUCAUUGGUUCAACGAUAAAAUCUGCCAGUGGGUUUUAUUAUUAGCCCUGGUUGCCAGGCAUUGUUGUGGACACGUGGUACUGACCUAUCCACCUGCCAGAACCUACCCUCUGGAUUUCCUGAACAAUAUCGGGACUCCAGCGCCUUGUGGAAUGCCUAAAG